AUCUCUACCACAUGGAACCAAGAAAUGAGACAAGUAUUUUGGAAUUUCUUCUUUUGGGAUUAUCGGAAGAACCAGAAUUGCAGCCCCUCAUAUUUGGGCUUUUCCUUUCCAUGUACCUGAUCACUGUGAUUGGAAACCUGCUCAUCAUCUUAGCCACCAUCUCAGACUCCCACCUGCACACCCCCAUGUACUUCUUCCUCUCCAACUUGUCCCUUGUAGACAUCUGUUUCACCUCCACCACUGUUCCAAAGAUGCUGGUGAACAUCCAGAAACAGACCAAGGUCAUAACCUAUGUAGGCUGCAUCACCCAGAUGUACUUUUUUUCAUUCUUUAUAGUGUUGGAUGACUUCCUCCUGACUGUGAUGGCCUAUGACCGGUUUGUGGCCAUCUGUCACCCCCUGAACUACACAGUCAUCAUGAAUCCCCAUCUCUGUGUGUUGCUAGCUCUGGCAUCCUGGAUCCUGACUGCCCUGCAGUCCUUGUUACAAAGCUCAAUGGCGUUGAGGUUGUCCUUCUGUGAACACACCAAAAUUCCCCAUUUUUUCUGUGAACUUAAUUUGGUGGUCCACCUUGCUUGUUCUGAUCCCUUUUUAAAUGAUAUUGUCAUGUAUUUGGGGGCCAUAUUACUGGGUGGUGGCACCCUCAUUGGGAUUCUUUACUCUUAUUUUAAGAUUGUUUCCUCCAUACGUAAAAUCUCAUCAGCUCAAGGGAAGUACAAAGCAUUUUCCACUUGUGCCUCUCACCUCUCAGUUGUCUCCUUAUUUUAUUGUACAUGUCUAGGAGUGUAUCUUAGUGCAGCUGAUAAUCAAAAUUCCCACUCAAGUGCAACAGCCUCUGUGAUGUACACUGUGGUCACACCCAUGCUGAACCCCUUCAUCUACAGUCUGAGGAAUAAAGACAUAAAGAGGGCUCUGGGAAGACUCAUCGGGAAGAAAACUAUCAUAGAAUAAAUUGUCAUGGUGCCAAAUAAGUGUUCUUGUUAGUAGCGUUCAGAGCAUUAGACCCAG